UAGAAAAUGUCUGGGACGUAGGAUGUAGGUGGUGGUCAGCCAUAUUGUCUCUGAUACAGCAGAAAUCAUACACUGGCACGGGCGCACCGGUGAAGGAGGGAGGCGAGGACUCUUAGUUUGCAGAAGCCCUCAUUAUUUGGAAGCAUUUCAGUCCUAGAACUGAUCAAGGGGGUAAAUACCAGCCAAUUUUUGUGUUCACUGUUGAUUUAGCAAAAACAGCUUUUCUGUUGGAAUCUAAUGUUAGCCAUGAUAAGGUUAGCAGGCUAUUAGACAGGGCCUGCCCAGAGCCCAUAAGUUAACGAAACCUCAAUACACAGAAAGCAGUGCCGGUCUUGGAUUUAACGAACUAGAUCAAGUGCUUGAACUAUCGAUAAACACAAUAUCCACCGCAUUACAUUUGACUUACCGAAUGUCGAAUUCAAACGAGUACGCAAAUUAUCUAAUUGAAAGAUAACAUGACUCUAGUCCACGUUAACGUUAUAUCUAGUGUUGCGGUUUUCGGUGAAAGGUGGUAUGCGAGCCUUGUGCAAAAGGUUAAUUCAAUUUGGCAAUACUUAAAUGUGCUAGAGGACUACUUAACUCCUCCAUCUAGCUAAAGUUAGCGGGAUUUCUAUUGAACCCACGAGUUUAACCGGUGUUCCACCGGUUCAUCUGAAAAAAGGUCCCCGGUGCAUGAUUCUUCGUUGAUUAUAAGUGAGGGACGAUUCAUUUCUUAAAGUUAAGUUAAAUUUAGGAAUAUAUGCGGAAAGGUACAUUCGGGAUGUUUUUGUAUUUACCCUAUGUGGAAGACUGUGUCAAUCACGUGUGAAAGAGAGAGCUAACGGUUUAAUCCCCAAUGCUUUCCCACCUUGCCCCUGGUGGCCCCUCCCCCCAUCCUCAGGCAAAACCCCCCCCAACCCCAUUCCCUUGUGGGAUCUACCCCCUCACCCCUACCUCCCUCCCCCACCCCCUCUUCCUCCCCCCCAGCCUCCAUCCCUCUGGCUGUCAUCCGCUGCAGUAAGAUUUCCCCAUCAUAUCCGCCAAGCUGUCGGACAUGUCAGGACCCGUGCCAAGCCGGGCCCGAGUGUACACAGAGGUCAACACUCACCGGCCAAGGGAGUACUGGGACUAUGAGUCCCAUGUGGUUGAAUGGGGAAACCAGGAUGAUUUUCAGUUAGUGCGGAAGUUAGGACGUGGCAAGUACAGUGAAGUCUUUGAGGCAAUCAACAUCACCAAUAACGAGAAGGUUGUGGUGAAGAUACUCAAGCCUGUAAAGAAAAAGAAAAUAAAGCGUGAAAUUAAGAUUCUGGAGAACCUGCGUGGAGGUCCUAACAUAAUCUCUCUAAUUGAUAUAGUGAAAGACCCUGUAUCCCGAACACCUGCCUUAGUCUUUGAACAUGUUAACAACACAGACUUCAAGCAACUAUACCAGACCCUGACGGACUAUGAUAUUCGAUUCUACAUGUAUGAGAUCCUCAAGGCUCUGGAUUACUGCCAUAGCAUGGGAAUAAUGCAUAGAGAUGUGAAGCCACAUAAUGUGAUGAUAGAUCAUGAGCACCGUAAGCUGCGUCUUAUUGACUGGGGUCUGGCUGAGUUUUACCAUCCAGGACAGGAGUACAAUGUCAGAGUUGCAUCUCGCUACUUUAAAGGACCCGAACUUUUGGUGGACUAUCAGAUGUAUGACUACAGCCUCGAUAUGUGGAGCUUGGGCUGUAUGCUGGCAUCCAUGAUCUUCAGAAAGGAACCUUUCUUUCAUGGUCAUGACAAUUAUGACCAGUUGGUGAGAAUAGCCAAGGUGCUGGGGACAGAAGACCUCUAUGACUACAUAGACAAAUACAACAUUGAGCUGGAACCUCGCUUCAAUGACAUUCUUGGCAGGCAUUCUCGUAAGCGGUGGGAGCGAUUUGUCCAUAGUGAGAACCAGCACCUGGUCAGCCCCGAGGCUCUGGAUUUCCUAGACAAACUGCUGCGCUACGACCACCAGGCCAGACUCACUGCCCGCGAGGCCAUGGAUCACCCAUACUUCUUCCCUAUUGGGAAAGAUCAGUCUCGUGUGACCGGAUCAGCCAACCUACCCAGUGGGAACCCUGCUGUUAGCACAGCAAACAUGAUAACUGGUAUCUCUGCCUUGCCAGCCUCUACUGCCCUGGGGCCUCUCACUGGCUCACCUGUCCUAUCUGCUGCCACAAAUGCCCUGAGCACCCCGGUGCCCGCUGCUGCUGGCGCCCCACAGUGACACCCUCACCCAGAUUCACACUAAAAACACCCCCACCCCUCCCUGUGUUAUCAAUCUCCCACUUUCACCACCACCCAGUCAGGAUGGGGGAGGGGUGUCUUAGCAGUUCUCUGCCAGCCGUCACCAUAUCCAACUUAACUCGGUGUGACUAUGCUUCAGCAGCUGGAGGCAGCAGUUAUCUUACAAAAAAGAGCUGUUUUCCCUCCUGUGAAUGAGAGUGUUAACAUGACAUAUGAAAUGAAUGUUGUUUAUCUGUUUUUUUUUUUUUUUUCAUUUUGCCCCCAAGUAUGUUUUGGGUGGUGAGACUAAGCAAUGGUCAUUCCUCCCCACUGUGUGUUUUAGUUUGGCGAGAGAAGGCACUGGUCAAUAAGAAUAUCAGCAGAAGGUAAAGGGAGAUGCUGGCUGUCAGGACCAAGAGGAUAUAUAUAGUUUACUACUGAGCAGCGUCAAACACACAACCUUAUGAGAACACUCAUCUGACCUCCCCAGGAGAGUUGAAACACCCUCCAGAUCACAGUAUUUUGGUGCUGUUCUGUACCCCAGGUGUAUGUAAACACAAUGACACUUCAACACUUUCUCUGCCCGAGUAGCUUUGUCUUGCCUUUCUUACCAAACAAGAUCACUCGACUUCUUUUGCUAUGUGACUCCCUGUCACGUCAUCCUCCUUUGUUUUGUUUUUUAUUUUCUCUAAUCCAAAACAUUGUGGACUGCUGGAUAAAAGUUCUCUACCAUCAAGGUGUCUGUUCGACUCAAGUGUUGUUGUGCGAUCUUUUAAGAAGCCAGGUAAGGGUCAUUCAGGUUCUCAAAGAAAUGGUUUCUCUAAAUGUGCUGCUUUCCAGUUCCUUGAAAUAUUUCAAGAUCUAACCAAAGUUUACUCAAGUUGUUUGGAAGAAGAGGCUGACCAAUUGCUUUUUUUUCCCUUCCCCUCCAGUGGGAAGCUAGUAGGAGUUGCUCACAGAGUGGACAGUGUGAUAUGUGUAGUGAAUGAAAUGAAAACAUAGGACAUUGUCAUUUGCUGGUAGGGCUGUCACAAUACCAACAAAAUGAAGUACAGUGAUGUAUAUCUUCUUUUUUUCUUUUUCUUUUUUUGGAACACCUUUGUGCUUUAAAGCCACAUGCGAGGAUUUGUAUUUGUGUAAUCACGUCACAAUCAGAGGGGGAACAUUGUUGGCCCUCUAUGUUCCUCUGCUGAACUUUUUAUGGAACUGAAGAACAAGAUGAGGGGCUGUCAUCAACUCUCUUCACGUGCCUCUCCACAAAUGAAACGGAAUUGAGACGCAAGUGCAACCAGAAAUGAAAGCAAAAUGGGAUAGACUCCCAUUUAUUUGAAAAGGAGUGUGCUUAAAUGAGGGAAAUGCACCCCUUAAAAUCCAGAGUAAGUAAAGUAAAUUAAGAUUAAUGUUGCAUUGCGUAGGGCAGGUAUAAUCCUUUCACUGAGACAGCCCUACCUGCUGGUGAUUGUUAGAGAAAAGUUCACCUCUCAUGUAUAGUGAGUGACGUUUUUGAAGAGUCAUGCAGUUUGUUGGUUUUCACCAACACAUUGAGGGAAGCAGUGGAGUAUAAUAGCAUUUGAAAGAUGGUUUCCCGUAAUGUUUUAGUGCCAGUUUGAAAGUGCAAGUUUUAGAUCCUGCUGUACAUACGCCUUUUUUCCAUUUCAAAACCUGAAAAUGCAAAUAAAUCAAAACAUGUAUACAUUGACCCGACAAUGGAGCAGUUUAAAUCCCUACAUCACUGUAUAUAUUUUUCUGUCCUUAUGUAGAAGACUAGUAUUUGAGAAUAUUUGUGUAAAUAAACAUGUGUUUUAUUUAUCAGGUAAA